AUGGUAAAACUUGUUUCCAGUUCACUUGGAAGCGCACAGGAUUUACAUGUUAAAUAUCACUUGAAAUUAUUAGCACAUUCAAGUGGAAUAUGGUCGGCUUGUUGGUCUCCAAUCGGUAAUGUUAUAGCCACCGGUUCUUUGGACAAGACCAUUAAAGUUUGGGAUCCCGAAACCGGAGAUUAUUACCGAACUCUUCAAGGACACAAUUUAGCAAUAAUGUCGUUGGACAUUGAAUCUAGUGGACAAGUUCUCGUGUCAAUAUCCUUGGAUAAUACGAUCAAAAAAUGGGAUGUGAAUAAUGGAGGAUUAGUCGAAUCCAUAUCUGUUAAGCCUGGUGAGGCGUGGAGCGUUCAUUUCGCACCAGAUGGGCAACGUUUUGCUGUCAGCACUCAUCAAGGAAUGAUCAAACUCUACGAUACUGGUCUUUAUGGGUUGAACACAGCUGAACAAGCCACCUAUACGUCCGAGGGAAAAUUCGGAUUGUGCGUUAGAUUUGUAUCCUACUUUAGCCUUUUGCGACAGUCCUGCGGUGAAGUAUUGUUGAUGGAAACAGCAACUCGAAUUAUCAAGAGUCCCGAUGGUAAAUAUUUAGCUCUCGGUACUGAGAACGGAUGCAUUUAUUUGUUUGAUGUGGAAACCACAAGGAAUAUUCAUAAGUACACAGGUCACACCGGUUGUUCUAUAAGAACACUUGAUUUUACCCCUAAUUCAUCUUUAUUAUUGUCUGGGUCCGACGAUGAGACGAUAGACAUAUACGAUGUACGCCAUUCUAAUCAUAUUGCUAAAUUUACGGGACAUGAUGGAUAUGUUUUGAGCGUAGCUGCGGGAGAUAACACGCAUUUCGUUAGUGGGUCUACGGAUGGAAAAGUAAAACUAUGGGAUAUAGGAUCCAGGCAAUGUCUAUCUACGGUUGGUGAGCACAAAGAUCAGGCAAGAGAUUUUCUAUAUAGAGGUCACGUUUGGGGAAUUAUACUUUCCGCGAACUUACCAUUAUAUCUGAUAUGA